AUGACCACUCAGAUCAGUCUCUUCGAGCAUCUCAUUGGCGAUGUCUACUCACAGUCCGACCUUUCUUCUUCCCUCGCUCUCGUUAGUGUUGCUGGCAACGACUACGCCAAUUUCCUCGCUUCAAACACCUCAUUCUAUGUAAGAAGACACUCCUUAUUAUGUUUCACAAAGAAUUAUCUGUAUAUUAAUCAAAUAUUCAAAAUAUCAGAUAACGUAACCAAUGGACCCCGAAAACUUUGGUUUGUUGAGUUAUUCAUAUUUAUCCUCUAUCGCACUUUGCAUGCCCUCCCAGGAUUCAUCAAGAAAGUUGUGGAUCAAACCAAGGUGAAUUUGAGACGAAUCCACACCUUAGGAGUGAAGAAGAUAGUAGUACCUUCAUUGGCACCGCUCGGUUGCAUCCCCUCCUUCGUCAAAUCCUCCCUGAUCCAGGGUCGUUGCAACGACAUUCUAAACCUCUUUGUUGACAUCCACAACGCAUUGUUGCAUCAAGUAGUGACAAAUCUCAACAAUGAGACUAAUCAUACGACCUUUGUCAUUUUUUAUUACAACAACGCCUUCUCGACUGUUUUCAAGAACAAAGGAGAGAAUCCAGGGAGUACGACGACGUUUAAAACCCCGUUUAAAGCGUGUUGCGAAGGCACUUGUAGCGUUGUGGACGCGAAAGGUGUGAAGGACUACACCUUAUUUGAUGAUCCUAAGUCUGCUUUCUUCUGGGAUGGACUUCACCCUACACAAGAAGGAUCGAGAGCGGUUUAUGCGGUUUUAGCCAAAAAUAUCACUGCAUCUUUGACUAUAUCUGAAAUUUAA